ACCAUAAAAGUAUGUAUUUUAGUAGCUACCUAAAUGGUACGUAUUUCUAGGUUUUUUUUUUUUUUUUUCAGAUUUUUGUAUUUUCCCUUGUACAUCUCAUUUCUCUGUCUCUCUCUCUACAGGUGGUGAUGUAUAUUGGACAAGUGAUGAAGGAUAUGUUAAAGCUGCAGCGUCCUCCGUCUCCCCCUGUGGUCAAACUGGAGACGCGUGUGGACGCGGAGUACGGGAUGCCGUCCACACACGCCAUGGCAGCGACGGCCAUCUCAUUUACACUGCUUCUCAGUGCUCAGGAGAGAGUGAAGUUCCCGUUUGAACUGGGACUGAUUGUGGCCGUGGUUCUGUCUGCGCUGGUGUGUCUGAGUCGUCUUUAUACCGGCAUGCACUCUGCUCUGGAUGUGAUCUGUGGCGUUGUAAUUUCAGCCGUCAUCAUGGCUGUGUCGUACCCGUACUGGGGAACCAUUGACUACCUUCAGCUGCACAACCCUCUCUCCCCCAUAGUGGGGGUGGUUCUGCCCCUCUUCCUGUCCUAUAAGUACCCCGAGCUGGACCAUUACAGCACCACACGGGGGGACACCACCAUUAUUUUAGCAUGCUGUUCAGGAUGUUCAGUCGGAUACUGGGUGAAUGAGCGAUUGGGCUUGACCUUUGACCUUGCCGGGCCUUUUCCAGUGACCCUUCCACCGCUGACCCUCGCAGCCUUGGGUCUCGGUGUGGCGCGGUUCCUGGUCGGGUUAGGGAUGCUGGUUCUGACCCGGCAGACAGUGCGCUGGGCGAGUCUGCGGGUGCUCUGUCAAAUUUAUGGAGCGUCUGUGAGUGACGUCGAAGCACGCAGAAGGAAAGCGAUUGAGGUGCCGUAUAAGUUCAGCACAUAUGUUGCCAUCGGACUGGUCAACAGUAUCAUGGUGAACAGAGUGUUUGUGAUGAUGGGACUCUGGGAUUUGGGAAAUUCUGUAUAAUUUCUCAGUGUUUACAGGCAAGUUUCAAGAGAAUCCCAGUCUAUAAUUCAUUCUCAGGGAGAAAUUCACCUUAGUCUUUGUUUAGGAAUGGCUGGCACAUUUAAAUUCUCACAUUGAACAGUAGUUUUUUAAACCUCCUAGCUGCAUUUUGUUAGAUUUCAAAAACUGAAACGCAGUUCAUGGAUGUUUGUGCAGUUUCGCUUGGUUUUAAGGGAUUAUUCAUGGUUAAACGCAAGCUAAAGGUGAAGUGUGUAAUUUCUGUGCCACAAGACUCAACAAAUGAAAUCAGAAACGCAUACAAAUGACUAAUGAAUAAUUUCCUUAACAUUCAUCUGCUAUAUAGUGAAAUUAGUUAGCAUUUUUGUGCAAAAAUUUGUGUAUUUUUAUACUUUUAUGCGCUUUUUUACACUUACAGUUGCGUCAUACUGAAUUUAAUGUUUUUUUUUGUGAACAGGUAUUUAAUGUCAGUAAUGUAUUUACUGUUUACACAAGCUCAAGAUAUUUUCACGUUUUAUUCUACAACAUAAAAUGCAUCAGUAAUACCCCACUGAUUUUAAUUUGAAAGCUUUUACUUGUCUUGAAAAAGAUGGUUGCUAAAAAGUGGCUAAAUGGGGCUAGAAAUGUAUUCUGGGAUAUUAAAUGUCAUCACACUGAACGGGUAAACUCAUCUACUCAUGAGUCGCUUUCACAGCCUCAUUAUGUUCAGUAUCACACUCUUGCAAACUAUUCUAACUCAAACUUUCCAACUAAGGAUUGAAAGAGUUGUCAGAAGCUUAAUGGUACUGAAGUCGAAUGACUGUGGACAAGUUCGUUUCUAGCCCACGAUUAUCAUGUUGAACAAAAAGUGUAAGAAUCAUAAACUUUUUAUUGGCCCCAGAGCUUAUUUUCUGCAAUAAUCCAAAAACCAAUGGAAAAAUCCUACUGGGUUUUUAUCAGCUUAGGAGGGUGAUGCUAACUUCCUGUUUUGGCGUACUAAAUUACAUCAUCUCUGCUUUGUUGCUCAGACAGUCCUGCCAUAAACACUACUGGUUCACAGUGCUUUAACAUUACACAUUGCACCUUUAUGCUCUUUUGACAGUAUCUACAGCAAACUGUUGAUUUCUUUCAGUCAUAACCUACAUGUAAGGCUAUAGUGCAAAUAUGGCUGUUGCCCCAUAGACUUCCAUUGUAAAAGCAUUUUUAUCAGGGUAAACUGUCAGACAAGUUGAUAUUAUUGUUUUCUGUGGUAACCACUAACUUGAAUAUUUCUUUUGAUAAUUUCCUAAAGACAACGUCGCCUUAAAAGUUUAAUUUUGCACUGAAAGCCACAGAUUAAAGAUGCGGUCACUUUUACCGUUGUUGAGUGGAUUUUAACUGUGAAAAUUUGAGUGUUUCAAUAGUAAUCCAUGUAAUCUGGAAUUACGUUUUACGUUAAGUUUUUCCCACACAGAUUUCGUGACUGGUUCAAGAUGGUUGCACAAAUUAUUAAUACGUAUAUCUAUGGCUAGCCAGGGUUGACCAACGGAAAGCUGCUUGAUUUGAAAGUGAUUUCUGCAUGAGUUGUGCUACACUACUGACAAUGGGCCUUUUUGCCAGCAAAAUAUCAGCAAAAUUUUGCAAACGUGACUGCAUGUUAUAUUUGGUCCUUAAGGAAAUGACAAUGACAAUAUCACAAUGACAAGCUGAUGUUAGCAUGAUCACAGAUGAUAUUUAAUGAUAAUUUUUACUAACACAGUGCUUUGACUGCAUAAACUCUACGAAUUAGUCCUACUAUUUUUGCUUUUUUAUUCAAUUUGAUAUUUAUUACAAAAUAAUGAGUAACAUAUUUUGUAUAUUGAGUGGUAUAACACUCAGGAUGUGUGUUUAUGAGCUUUUACAGAUGCGGUAAAAGAAAUGAAUAAACACAGUAAAAAUGUC